AUGUAUACAGUAAUGUAUAUCCCAGCUCCCCUGUACUCCAUUAUAGUGAUAUGACAUGUAUACAGUAAUUACUUACUCCUUGAGUUCCCUGCGGCGGUGGAGAGGGUGUCUCCUCUCAGCGGAGCGAGCGGGGGCCUCUCCUGCACCUGUCCCCUCAGCGGCAAUGCUGAAGAAGCCAGAAAACCGGAAGUCGGAAACCGGAACUCGGCUUCAAAAUGAGGCUUGGAGCGCAGCCGCUAGAGAAUUUCUCCUCGCAUUUGGCGAGCGGGGGAGCGGCUUUUUCAAGCCCUGUCCU